AUGACAAAAAAAAGCCUCGAUGAUGAUCAUCAGCGAUUUCUAAUGUCAGAUAAAAUGCUGCAGUACAUUCGAAUAUCAGAACGAACGUCCGUAUCAGGAUCAGGAUAUCAGUUUGAAGUCAAUUUGCAUUCUGGAAAUCUCGUAAAUGCAAUGGUGACGUUCGAAUCGGUAACUCCAGUAUGUACUCGCCAUCUUGACUCCAGCCGAAACCAUCACGACGUGUGCUAUCGUUUGUCAUUAGCUCAACAUGCCCGUUCUGGUCUUCAUCCAAGGCGUUUAAUUGUCAUUCGGAGAAAGUUUCUUGCUGCGGGGCCAAUUUUUCAUGUUUUGAAACGAGAAGAAGUCACGAAUUUGGGGAAUGGAAUUGAUGAGAAAUCAACUUAA